AUGGCUAUGAAACUUAUGUUCCUCUCCCUUCCCCUGUCUGUCUUUGCAGGGGUGGUUGCGACCAUUAUGGAUGAGUUGGCCGAAAUGAGGAUGUCGGAUUUGCCCAAUAACAUGCCGCGCAUGUUUGAAAGUGAAAGAUAUGGCAGAUGGAGUAUCCAAAAGGAGGUCCCUAUGGACGGCAAGUGCCAGAUGCUUAAACCCACGGAUGCUCUAAAUAGUGAUUCAAACUGCCAGGAUAUGAUGGUGAUUUUCGAUCGCUCGCACUACCGAAUGUUUGACCGUCCCCAUGAGGAAAGUACAAUGACCUCCUACAUCGGCGGAAUGGUCGAGAGUGUGAAGUGCGAGAUGGUCGACGCCUCGACCGAAGUUUCGAAUAGCAACGGACACGCCUCCAGCAUGCACAUGUCCCAAUGUGUCGGCGAUAAGUGCAACUCCAACCAUGAAUGCCACUUCAACGUCGGAGGUCAUCUCUUCUGCUCUGAGAAAAUGGGUAUGACCUGUCAGAAAGCCCGCUUCACAGACAUUGGCAAGAAGUGCACUGAAGACCAUGAAUGCCGCGAGGGAUACUGCUCUGAAAUAGAUGGUGAUAUGAAGUGUAUGCCGAAGCGGGUACUCAAUGCUUUAUGUUCCUCUUCUGCGGAGUGUAUGGCAGGCACGAUGUGCUGUGAGAUAUCUGGAGAGGCACGAUGCAGUCGGGACAUCUGUUCUGGUCAAGGUAACCAGGAUGUCAAUAUAUGCUUCAACAUUGGAAGGGAUUGUACCGCGCAAGACAUGUGUUGCAGUGCAAACUGUAUGUUCGAUCCGAUGCUCAUGAUUGGACAAUGCAUGUAA